AAAAGUUCGAGCUGUUUAACAGCUUUAGUUUGGCGAAAGAUAACGAGAGCUCCUUCUCUUAAAACUUUCAUUUCAUAAACAUGACUGUAGUUUUAUUCAGACCUGUUCCAUCAACAUUAAGGUCAUUACAUGACUUUAUUAGAAUUAUGUGGUCACUUGCAUUAGAGAUGAGUUUAGAAACCUUCCCAGAAAACACUAAUUGUAGUUUGAGCUGUUGAUGAUAAGCAUUAGAGGUCUGGCAUUAGCAUCAGCUGUGUUUAUUGGUCAGGUGCUUUGCUCCAAAAGUUCAGUUAUAGUUUGUAUGUGUGAGGGUGAGGGUUAUUCGUGUUGGAUUUGGAGGUUGAUGCUGGUGAAAAACUAUUAACUUGUAGGUUGUUUGAUUGGAUUUAAAAGAAAACAAUCCCAUUGGCUUGAUGAUAGAUAACCCUUACUUGUAAGGUGUUUUUUUCUCUCUGAGUCAGAGGACUCCUAAGCACUUUACACUUAAGUGAUUCAUUCAUCCAUUCACAUUAUGGCACCAGCAUUCAGCAGAGGCCUCACUUUUGUCAGUGAUAUAAGGGAGGGGGAGCUGUGGCUACCACUGUGGACAACCACUGACUGCAACAGACCUAAGUCCCCGGUUAAAUGUUUAUUUAUAAAUUCUAACACUGGGGGAAAAUGUUUUGAAGUCACUUUUGUGAGUUUCUUACAAAUCUCUAACAUUUUCCAGAUACCAGCCCACUCCUCAGGGGAUCAAUAAAGCAUAAAUAAAUAGCUGAUGUAAACAUCACUAACCCGCAUCAGCGCCGGGCACGUGAAGCAAACACCAACCUUUUGUUAUGAUCUAAUCCAAUAUCUAAUCUGAUUUACUGCUUAAGUUUAAAGUAAAACGGAUAUUUGUAAACCUUCCUUUACGUUUAUUACGAACUGGGUUCUUCUCGUGCAGGAAUCAAAACACAAGUGUGUGUGUAGGAGAAUAAUAGUGACCUUAGUUAUUUUUAGCUUUUAACCACAUUAAAGGUUCAGGCAGGCAUCGGGGGCGCGCAUGUUACCAGGCAGUGGUUUCUGCGCUCGUCCACGACCACAUACACACACCAGACCACUGCAGAGGCCAGGACCGCUGGGGGAGGGCAGCAGUCCCGCAUGAAGGCAUCAGGAUGGCGGAUGGAGACGCGCUCAUAGCCGGGGAUCAGGCCGAGGACGGCGGCCUGUCGCUGCUGCUGGACUACCGGAGGAGGACCCAACUCUACUGCAUGAAUGGCGGAUAUCACCUCCAGAUCCUUCCUGAUGGGACGGUGCAGGGCCAGAGGGAGGACCGGGACGUGCACAGUAAGGCUGCGGCAGAAACAUACUGCGCAUGCUCACAUCCAGGUCAGGCCUACUGCAGGUGUGCUCAUGUCGCCGUCUUAAAGCUGAGAGCUGUGGACCGAGGCGUGGUGGUCAUCCAGGGAACAGAAACAGAGAGAUACUUGGCCAUGAGUGAGGAGGGGCGUUUGUACGGUUCACGUGCAGUAACUGAUGAAUGUUACUUUCUGGAGAAGCUGGAGGAGAAUCACUACAACACCUAUCAGUCACAGAAGUACCAGGACAACCAGUGGUAUGUGGCCCUGAAAAAGAACGGCAAACCUAAACUUGGUCCAAGAACCCACAUCGGACAGAAGGCCAUUUUCUUCCUGCCCAGACGGAUGGACUUCAGCCAGGACUGAACAGAGCAGAACCAAGAGUUGAGAGGAAGAGGCGGCAACGCUGCAAGCUGCUCAGCUUCCCUUGGUCCAGUUUGUGUUUGGGGUAAAAGUGAAGCCGACUGCUGCGUUGUGCCAACUGACGCACACGAUUGUGUUUGGCUCAUUAGAUUUUACAAGCGCAGCUUAAAUCUUUGCUCAUUCUGUAGCAAAUGUAAUUUUCCACAAAUAUACAAUCAGUCUUCAUCUUCAAGUUCUGCAGCAUAAUUUUUUAGCUCUGUAAGCUGGUCAAAAGUAAAAAAGUAGUUUCAUUAUC